GAAGCGACAAAGAUUGUACCGUCUGAUCCAUUGUUGGGGGACUCAUCAGAAUUUACUAUCACAGAGGUUACGCUGCCGAUUGUUAUUCCGUCGUUGAAGGAUGAGCCCACUGAUUUGGAGCUAGAAGGAUCAAUCACAGUUGGGGUCGUCCCGAUAUCAAAUCAAUCGAACCAGAUGAUUGAGAAAUCAAAGGUGGGGAAGAUCAAGAGGUCCGCCACCAAGGACCGCCACACCAAGGUGGAGGGUCGUGGCCGGAGAAUCCGAAUGCCGGCGGCUUGCGCCGCGAGAAUCUUCCAAUUGACUCGAGAGCUCGGCCACAAGUCCGACGGCGAGACCGUUAAAUGGCUUCUCGAGCGAGCCAAGCUAGCCAUCUUUGAAGCCAUCGGAACUGGCACCAUCCCAGCCAUCGCCGUCUCCGUCAACGGCAGUCUGAAGAUUCCCACCACACCGCCGACCACCACCGAAGCCCAAGCCGCCAAAAAGAAGCGCAAGAGGGCUUGCACUAGUGAGUUCAUCGACGUGAGCGACUCGGCUCCGGCUCCGGCUCCGUCGAAUUUCGCUCUGGUCACGACCAUGACGCCGCAACGACUGUUGCCGGUGUGGGCCGUAGCCGGCGGUGGAGCUCCACCGAAUGCUUUUUUCAUGAUUCCACCACCCGGAACCGCCAUUGCUGGACCCUCGAAUCAGCCUCAGAUAUGGUCCAUUCCGGCUGGAGCAAUGCCUAUGUUCAAUGUCUCGGCCAGACCCGUUUCAAAUUAUGUAUCCGCAAUUUCAACCACCACCGCCACCACCACUACUACUACACAGAUGCUGAGGGAUUUUUCUCUGGAGAUUUAUGAUAAGAAAGAGCUUCAAUUCAUGGUUAGCUCUGGAGGUGACCAAGCUGCUUGAAAGCAUUGAUGAUAUGGACAAAGAUGUUAGGGUUUUCCAUUUUUGUGUGUGUGUGUGUGUGUGUGUGUGUUUGUUUUUAAAUAUUACAGAGUUUUAGACUUAGA